GGGAGAGCGGAUAUAGUGAACGCAGGGUCCGGGGAGAGCGGAUAUAGUGAAUGCAGGGUCCAAGGAGACCGGAUAUAGUGAAUGCAGGGUCCGGGGAGACCGGAUAUAGUGAAUGCAGGGGUCCGGGGAGAGCAGAUAUAGUGAAUGCAGGGUCCGGGGAGAGCGGAUAUAGUGAAUGCAGGGUCCGGGGAAACCGGAUAUAGUGAAUGCGGGGUCCGGGGAAACCGGAUAUAGUGAAUGCAGGGUCCGGGGAGAGCGGAUAUAGUGAAUGCAGGGUCUGG